GAUCGAGCCCGCACAACCACGUAUACUUGCACGAGCUACAACAUUGACUCUUUUAAGCCUCCAAAACCCCUAAAUUCACCAACUCACAAUCCAAAUACACCACCUUUGGUAGUUGUUGGAUCAGCCAAUGCAGAUAUAUAUGUGGAGAUUGAUACACUCCCAAAGGAGGGUGAGACGAUUUCAGCCAAGACUGGUGAGACCCUUGCUGGUGGGAAAGGGGCAAACCAGGCUGUGUGUGGUGGGAAGCUCUCAUACCCAACUUGUGAACUGGGUGUUCCGGAUUUAAUAAAGAUGGAAGAUUCCUCACCUAAUCUCCUGUUUCCUUCUCAUAGCAUGGGUAGUAACCAAGCAGCAGUGUCAUUCCUCACCAACCUUGCCCGCGCCGCAUUCGGCCUUGGUGUCGGUGCCACCAUUCUCAACUCCUCCCUCUACACCGUCGACGGCGGCCAACGUGCCGUCCUCUUCGACCGAUUCCGUGGAGUCCUUGACGAGACCGUCGGAGAAGGUACCCACUUCCUGAUCCCAUGGCUCCAAAAGCCCUACAUCUUCGACAUUCGCACUCGCCCUCACACUUUCUCCUCCAUCUCCGGCACGAAGGACCUUCAGAUGGUCAAUCUCACCCUUCGUCUCCUCUCUCGCCCCGAGGAAUCUCGCCUUCCUGACAUAUUCAAAACCCUAGGCCUCGAAUACGACGAGAAAGUCCUCCCUUCGAUCGGCAAUGAAGUUCUUAAGGCCGUCGUCGCUCAAUUCAACGCCGAUCAAUUGCUCACCGAGCGUCCACACGCUUCGGCUUUGGUUCGCGAGAGCUUGAUUCGAAGAGCCAAGGACUUCAGCAUUUUGCUUGACGACGUGGCGAUUACUCACUUGUCGUACGGAGCGGAGUUCUCCAAGGCCGUGGAGGCGAAGCAGGUGGCACAACAGGAGGCGGAGCGAUCGAAGUUUGUUGUUAUGAAGUCAGAGCAGGAGCGGCGUGCGGCGAUUAUUAGGGCUGAAGGAGAAAGUGAGGCUGCGAAACUGAUUUCGGAGGCGACUUCCACUGCUGGGAUGGGUUUGAUUGAGCUUAGGAGGAUCGAGGCUUCGAGGGAGAUUGCUUCCACCCUUGCAAAGACUCCCAAUGUGGUGUACUUGCCCAAGGAUAACAACAUGCUUCUGGGGCUUAAUCCUAUGGUCGGCAAUUGAGUCGGGCUAUUUUUGGAUCGUCUCUGAUGCCUGACAUCUUUCUUUCUCCUUGGGAUAUUACCAUCUACUAGCUAGCUGUCUGCUUUGCACAUACUAUACCUUCUAUAACUAGGCAUCCACUAGGAUCAGAAGUCAAAAAAUUAGGUUUUUGGUAGGCUUUUAUUUUUGCCAUAUUGAUAAUGAAAUCACCACCCGUGUCUGCACAUUGAACAUUUCUUUGUUGAAUUCAUCUCGAUGCUUGACCCUGAGCCUUCGUUCAGUUGUCUUUGUAUUCAACGCUGAUGAGACUCAUCUAGAAUCGGCAUAUACCGUUUUCUUUGUUUUUCA